AAUAGAAUUAUUAAAUUCUAUAUAAUAAACUUAAAUACAUAACUAAUUAAUAAUAAUAUGUAAGACUUUUAAGAUUUUUAUAAUUAGUGCAGCCGCUCGAUCUUCAUACAAAUUUCUAGAACACCGUAAACCACUAGGUAUUUAAUGAGAAUUUCAUAGUAAGCUGUCUGUUCUUGGAUUACAUAAACUAUCAGUAUGUCAUCAGCAAAGAUGAUAGGUCGCGCGGUUGCCAGUUGCAGAUUAUCAAGCAAAGGAUUACGAUCUCAAUCGGUAGAUUUAUCAAUUCUACUUUCUCGCAAUACAUACCCAAAUACUAGAACCAUGGCUUCAAAGGCAAUCACUAUGGAUAACAUAAACCCUAACAUUGUAAAGUUAGAAUACGCGGUUCGAGGACCCCUAGUAACCCGUGCCGGCGAAAUCGAAAAGGAAUUGCAAAAGGGUGCCGACAAACCAUUCAAAAGAGUGAUAAAGGCAAAUAUCGGAGAUGCGCAUGCGAUGGGACAGCAACCGAUCACAUUUAUUAGACAGGUGCUAUCAUGUGUGGCGAACCCAGAGAUAAUAGAGAAGGGUAACUUCCCGGAUGACGUAAAGCAGCGUGCCAGGGAUAUCCUCAAAUCUUGCGGGGGUAAUUCAGUGGGUGCGUACACGAUGUCUUAUGGUAUCGAAUCGAUCCGUCGCCACGUGGCGGAGUACAUCCAGAAACGAGAUGGGUUUCCCUCAGACUGGAACAACGUGGUGCUGGUGGGCGGUGCCUCUAAUGGGAUUAAGAAUUGCCUUCAACUCCUUGUCAAUAACAUCAAUGGGAAGAGCUCAGCCGUGAUGAUCCCCAUCCCUCAAUACCCGCUGUACUCGGCGUCUCUGGCCGAAUACGGACUAGAACUAGUCGGGUACUACCUGGACGAAGAACACCAGUGGGGCCUCAGCACCGAGGAGCUGGAACGGUCCUUCGCCGGAGGACAGGAGAAGAAUAAUGUUCGGGCCAUAGUUGUCAUAAACCCUGGAAAUCCCACCGGUCAGGUGCUUUCUCGAGAAAACAUCGAGGCGAUACUGAAGUUCGCGCACGCGCACAACCUUUUCAUCUUCGCCGACGAGGUCUACCAGCACAACGUGUACGCCGAGGGCAGCGAGUUCUUCUCUUUCAAGAAGGUGAUGAUGGAGAUGGGGGAACCUUACAACAAGAUGGAGCUGGCUUCGUUCAUGUCCGUCAGUAAGGGCUACAUGGGCGAGUGUGGUCUCCGGGGUGGAUGGAUGGAGCUGGUGAACCUCGACCCGCAAGUGCAGGUCAACCUCUAUAAAGCCAUUUCCGCCAUGCUGUGCCCCAGUUCCUUGGGGCAGGCGGCCGUCGACUGCGUGGCUAAACCUCCGGCUCCGGGUGAGCCCUCGUACGACCUCUGGCUCAAGGAGAAGACUCAGGUUUUGGAAUCCCUGAACAAGAGAGCCAAGAUGAUCGCGGACACCUUCAACCAGAUGGAAGGCUUCAAGUGUAAUAUCGUACAGGGUGCCAUGUACGCUUUCCCCCAAAUUACGCUGCCCCCCAAAGCCAUCGAAGCGGCGAAGAAGGUCGGCAAAGCCCCAGACGUCUUCUACGCCUUCCAAUUGUUGGAGAACACCGGAAUCUGCAUAGUGCCGGGAACGGGCUUCGGCCAGAAACCGGGCACCUACCACUUCAGAACCACGAUCCUCCCGCAGCCCGCUCUCCUCCAGGAGAUGCUGGACAUCUUCAGAUCCUUCCACGAGAAGUUCACCAAACAGUACUCGUAGGUUUCUAGGACGUGUCUUAAUCGAAUACACAAAAAUGAGUCGAUUGUGUUAUUUAUAGUAAUUUUGAGCUGCUUAUUGUAUCUGGAUAUGUUAUUACUAAAUAAACUGGCAAACGUGGUCGAGUUCGAGAACUCCCCAAAACGCCAUCCGUUAUCGAUGUACAAAACUAAAACAUAUAUGUCGUAACAUAUAAGAUAUAUGUUACGACAUAUAACCUAUGCUAAAGGAGUGCUCGUCGAUAUAAUAUUAAAUUAAGUUGUGUUCGCUCAUAUUUUGUGAUAACCGAAACGGUGAUAUUAAUAUAUUUAAUCAAUCUGCAAGUAUUUAUUACUUUUAAUGUUUUAUUGUUUGUAAUUCACUCGUUUCACUUUUAGAUAGUUGGUGUUUUUAGUAAGUUUAGAAAUGUACAAUCGGGGUUUCUAUUACAAGAUAUCGAGUCUGCCAUUUUCUCUGGAUCAAUAGACAUUUAAAUAAAUAAACAAAGCGCUUUUAAAGAGGUGUAAGGUUUUUGCUCUGAGAUGGAAGAAUGUGAUCCGUACGAACACAUCUAAAAGUGAGUAGCGAGACAUUGAAACUAAGAUGAGAGCUUUGUCUAUUUAUUUAAUAGUCGUAGAAAGUUCCUAAUUCUUUAAUAAAAUUUAACCAAAAACGUGCAUUUUCGUACACCGCGGUUUAUCGUUGUUUUCCCGCGUGAAGAGGUGACAUUCCGCUACAGCACUACCGAUGAGAUUGUUAUACUUUUAAUAAAUAUAUAUUACAA